AAAAUUUCACAAAACGAAAAAGCUGCUCAAAUACGAACAUCAAUUGAAGACUAUGUUGCUGUUGGAAUUAAAUUCAUAGAGUUCUCAUCAUUGCAAGAUAUUACGCCAAUCGGUAAGGGUGGAUUUGGGGAAAUUUUUAAGGCUGUUUGGCCACAACCUGGAAUUACUGUCGCGUUGAAAUGUAUUGAUAAUAAUUAUGAUCCGUUUAAAGCUUUUAUUAAGGAG